AAGUGAAGCCGAAUUUAUCUCUUUCUCAUUGUGAGUGGAAAAGGAGCGGAAGGAACAAUAAAAAUGUGAGCGAUAUUGUCGAUCGAGUUUUGAGAGUAGAAUUAAAUAAUAAUCCACUUGGCGGUGUUCGCGAUGCACUGACCGUCAAGAGAAAAUAAUAAUGUGAGACGCGAUGUUGUAUGCGUAUUAUACGACAUUUCCGUGAAAAUAUGUGAUUUAUUGUGUGACAUAAAUAAUCCGCAGGUGCGGAUACCAUGCUAUUAUCAAUAGCAAAUCAAAUGUUUUAAGUGUUUAACAUUUAAAAGUAAUAAUAAAUACAAUUAUAAAUAAUAACAAUAAAUAAUUAAUACUAUAUGUACGCACUUAAAUUUACCAACGCCAUUUUGUGUAGCACGCAUGAAGAUACGUAAACAUACAGAUCAAACUUUCUAAUUGUGUUUGUAUAUAUGUUGUGUAAGUUUUGACAAUUUUUAAAUAAUCCCAGGCAUAAUUGAAUAUGAUUGUUGGCUAGUAAUAAAUAGAUACACAUGCAUCAUCAAUAAAAGUGCGUUAAAUAUAAAUUGGUAUAUUAUUUUUCGCGCCAAUUCAACUGAUGCACCUGGGGGUUACAUCUGCUUAUCAAAAGACAGCUGUCCAACUACUAAUUAAUACACUAUUAUUAUCAUAUAUUAUACUUGUCAAUUGACGAAUCAUUAUUCAAUACAAAUAAUGCAAGGUAAUUGACGUUGCAGAACUCAUCUACUGAAGGUGAUAAACAACACCAUCAUCAGUACAAACGGUUGAUAUAUGAAACCUGUGAAUGUCAUUUAAACGGAAAAAUGUCAGGUGAUUCAGGAUGGAACGCUGUUAUCCAUCGUCCGUCGGAGCUCGAGCUCCAGAACUGGAAUUGGGACGAAAACGAUGGCGAACCGGAACGCGAAUUACCAUCUACCGUGGACAUGGACGCCAUAAAAGGUGGUGGUAGUUGGGUUCCUGCAACUGAACAAAAUGAUAGUGAGUCUGUUGAUUCAGAGGAAGAUUCUGAUUCAGAUGAUGAAAGUUCUGGUGGUACCGAUGGCAGCUGUUCAUAUUCUGACUCUGAAUCGGAUGAUGAGAGUAGUGGUGGUGAAUUUGAUGAUUCUGUCAGUAAUUCAGAUUGUUCUUCCGAGCAUAGCGAACAAACAUUCUCCAUACGUGAAACAAAUUUUGAUCAGGGCGGUCUUAAAUUAAAAAUAAGUAUGAAAGCACAAAAAAAAGAUAUUAAUAUUGAUAAUAAUGUCGUAAUUCCUGAUAAUAAAUCUAAAUGUGAUAAUAAUAGUAAAGUUACUAAAAAAAUAUUAACGCGUAAAUCCAAAGCAACGUUGAAAACAUCCGAAUGUACUUCUGAUGAUUCUGAUUCGUCGGCAGGCCCGAUAUCUACAGUGAAUCAAUCAUCACUUCCAGUUACAUCACAAUUACAAUCACAAAAUCAAUCAUCACAUUUAAAUCAACAACAACAACAAUUACAGCAGCAGCAACAACAACAACAAUUACAGCAGCAGCAACCUCUACAAAAAAUUGAUCAAGAACAUUUAUCAGCAAUUAUUCCUGAUCAGGAGGAUACACCAUUUGAUGGUUUCGAUGACUCAGAAAGUGGUCGGUUAGUAUCAAAAGCUAUUGAACGCAUGUCAUUGAGUGCUGAUUCAGAUUCUAGUGAGAAUACCGAUCAAAAUCCAGUGCCUGUUUAUAGUUCAACGUUAUUACAACAGUUUGUUGAAAAAACAGCUUUAUUAUCAGAACCGCGAAAGAGACGUAGUAAAGUUGGUAAAAAAACAGCCGAUUCUGAAUACGCAUGCACAGCUAAUGUGUCACCAGACUCUGGUAUACAAUCCGUUAAUAAUAGUCCACUGCAUUUAACAACAACUCCAGCUAGUCCGCCUGUUCGUUCACAAUCACCAGUACAAUCAACAUCGGCACCAGCGUCAGCACCACCACCACCACCUCCACCAAAACCGGCAGUUAAUGUUGAUCGAGUAUUAUAUCCACCAAAAAGAAAACCUGGUAGACCUGCUAAAAUGGUGUCAACACAACCACGUGGUCCUGGCAGGCCACGUUUGAAGCCGGAUGUUGUUGAAAAAAUCACUAAAAUUGAACGAAAUUCAAGUCCUAUUGUCAGUACUAACAAACGGGAUACUAGUACUAGCAAACGUGGUAAACAAUUGACAAAAAGUACUAACAAAUUAACGGUGCAACAAGAAAAUAAAGAAGAAUUGCCGAGGAAUCAAAGGUUAAAAAAUAAAAAAACAAUUGUUAAUAACGGUGAAACCUCGGUGUCUACUAGUACUAAUACUUGUACUAAUAGUAAUAAUAAAAAUAAACCUUGUUCGACUGAUAAUAAAAAUAAUUCACAUGAUGAUAAUAAGUGCCUGAAUAAUAAAUCUAAUGCUAGUAAUAAAAAAGUAACUAAUAAGGAUAAGGAUACAUUAAAAACAUGCGAAAAAGUGUACAAAAAAUUACGGCAUGAUAAAUCUGCUGAAUCAAAUAAAAGUACUUCACCAUUGAGACAAAAAAUCAGCAAUGAUCAUACUUUUAGUGAUGAUAAAAGUAUUAAUAAUAGUAGUAACACUGCUACGAAAAAAGGUUCAAAGGAAAAUAGGAUUUCUGAAUGUUGCUCUUCACCAUCGGCAAAUAAAAAACAAACUGUAUCCAAGAAAACAAUAACCGCAUCAUCAACAUCUGCACUUUCAGCUCCAAAACGUGUUCAUAAAGAAAAUAAAACUUGUAAAAAAAUAUCUGAAACGAGUGGUGUUGGCGUGCAAACAGUAAUAUCUGUUCCUAUUGAUAUGAAAGCUGAGAAUAUUGAAAUAAAAACAGACAAGCGUGAUAAAUCUAUACAAUCAUCAAAUCAUCGUUUUAAAAACAAUAACGGCAACAACAAAAAUAACAACAAUAAUGCUAAUUCUCAUCAUCACCAUCACCAUCAUCAUCAUCACCAUCAUAAGCACAAACGACGGGUUGUUGUACCACCGAAAAAACCAUUACGUGUUGAUCCGCUGAUUGUCGAAGAGUUGGAAAAACUUAUUGAUGAUUUUGCAAAAUCAUGCAGUCUUGGUAAAAGUAUUACCAUUUCAAGUACUGAAUUGCCACAAAUAUUUCGCGUUAAAAAAAUUACUAAGAAACGAAAAGGUGAUUCGAGUACUAAUGAUGAACAAAAAUCAUUGAAAAGACGACUAAAAAAAGACAAAGUUUCUAGCAGUGGUAGCAGUGGAGAUUCAAAGAGCAGUAAUCAAAAUUCGAAUACCCCGUCAAAUCCUAAUGAACAGAGAUUGCCAUUGAAAAAACGGCAUUACCAUUUAUCGAGCCCACACAGUUCACAGAGUUCAAAUGCCAGCUCGACUGAUACCAAUCCAAAUGAAUCAAAUUCAAUGGAAAGCCAUAUUGAAGAAGCUAUUGAAGCAACUAUUGAAAGGUACAGUGGUAGUCCAUCAUCAUCACUGUCUAGCAAUUUACAUCAUCAAAAAGAAAAAGAUAUUGCUUCUCAAACACUAAAAAAACGUUUACGUGAUGGUAUUGACAGUACCGUUGUUGCCGAAACAGCUAGCGAAAGUUCAGACACCGAAGACAAACCUUUAAAUCGUUCAGAACAUCAACCGCCACGUCGUAAGAAAAAAAUAGUACGCGAUUUACGUGUUACUGUCACUAAGUUAAUUACAUCGGACAACAAUCUCACAGCAAAUAAUGGAGACAAAGUUGACAAUAAAGCGACCAAUGAAAAGAUUAAUAAUAAAAAUAGUACAGAUAAAAGUACAAACAAGGUGGAUAAAGUUAUUGAUAAGCAGUUAAAGACAGUUGACAAAAGUAAUGAACAACAGCAGCAGUCUGAAAAAAAUGACAAAAAUGAACAGCAAAAAAAAUUAUCUUCCGAUAAAAAUGACAAGAUUAAUUUAGCUAUUAAAGAUACAGAUGGUAAAAUAAACGUUAUAGAUCGUAAAGAUAGUAAUAAAAAAGAGUUAUUGAACGUACCAAAUCCAGUUAAUCCGAUGGCAGCAUUAAUACUUACUAAGAAAAAAAUACGGCGAAGAAAAGCUAUUAAUCGAACUGGUUUUCCAACACUCAAGAAAAAGAAGAAAAAGAAAAUCGCUGUAGUUAUUGAUGAUGAUGAUAAUAAAAAUGAUGAUGUUAAUCAUGAGGAUAAUAAUGAUAAUGAUAAAGACAAAUUAACGCUAGUGCCUCGUGUUGACAUAACAAUAACAGAUUUAGAAAAAAUAUCUAAAGUUGAAGAAAAAUCCGUACUAUCAGAGAGCGAUGUUAACACCGUACUACCUAUUGUAGAUGAAACUAAAAAUCAAGAUAGUGAUAAUAAUAACGAGGAAGAUGAUGAUUGUGGUAUUAUUGACGAUGAAGAUGAUAAUGAUGAUGAUGACGGUAAAAUGGAUACGAAUGACUUCAAAGAUUUUCCUGAACUAUCUUGUCACAGUUAUUCUGAUGAAAUGAUGGACACUUGCCAUGGAUCCGGAUUGAGAGUACGAAGAGACUUAGUUGAAUGUGAUGGUAGUAAACCAUGUGACAAAUCCUGCCCAGUCAAGUAUGAAAGAAUUCAAGAUUCGAGAAUUUAUGAUGAAAAUGCGACACUUGAAGAGUCAUUGGAACGUUACAAUCAGAGUCAGCGCAUAGCUGAAUUAAACGAGGAAAAUUUAAAGAAACUUGAACGUACAAAUUCCCAUUCAAGUGGGUCAUCUAAAAUAAUUGAUUCACCAAGUUAUCUUAAUAACAAUCACAAACGUAGAAGAGGUUCAACUAGUCCGUGUAAUUUAACACUAAGAAGUAUUAAGAGGCUUAAAAAUAAUGCUGCUGGUUAUGAUACUGAGAGUGACGCAUUACCAAGCAGCGAUGUUGCGAGUGAUGGACCAGAAGUCGGUAGUAAACAACAGGGUUCAUUGCAUUUACGUAAGAAACAGCCGAGAUGGAAGAAAAGAUAUCUACCAGCUGGGCUCUUCUCAGAUUACUACAAAGAAGAUGAACCGCGUAAAGUUACAAAUGCUGACGGUGCUGGUAAAAAUAAACUUUCAUAUGAUCCAGCAGAGCAUCCACAUGGUUUGCUACCACCACCCUAUCACUGUGGUAAAUUUUUACGACAACGUAAAAUACCAUUUCAAUUACCUUAUGAUCUUUGGUGGCUCCACACACACUCACGUUUGCCUGGCCGUGACUUGGUACCCUCUUGGAAUUACAGAAAAAUCCGUACAAAUAUUUAUUAUGAUGUUAAACCGACAACCCUGUAUGAACCACAGGCAUGUGAAUGUAAAACAGACAGUGGUUGUGGCGAUGAUUGUAUCAAUCGCAUGGUUUUCAGUGAAUGUUCAUCACAGAUGUGUCCUUGCGGCGACGGUUGCGGUAAUCAGAAAAUUCAACGACACGAGUGGACACCGGGCUUGCAAAGAUUCAUGACAGAAAAUAAAGGAUGGGGUGUCAGAACAAAGGAUUCCAUUAAAACAGGUUGUUUCAUACUGGAGUAUGUCGGUGAAGUUGUUUCUGAAAGGGAAUUCAAAUCACGCAUGGCGACAAGAUACGCCAAUGACACGCAUCAUUAUUGUCUUCAUUUAGACGGCGGACUAGUAAUUGAUGGGCAUCGUAUGGGUGGGGACGGACGUUUUGUUAAUCAUUCAUGUGAGCCUAAUUGUGAAAUGCAAAAAUGGAGUGUCAACGGUUUACCACGCAUGGCAUUAUUCGCGUCGCGUGAUAUUGAAUCUGGAGAAGAAUUGACUUAUGAUUACAACUUUGCUCUAUUUAAUCCAUCGGAAGGACAAAUAUGUAGAUGCGGUAGCAGUGCGUGUCGUGGAGUUAUUGGUGGUAAAAGUCAACGUAUUGCAAGACCACUCGCCACUCCAGCUUUGCCGUCUGUCGAGAAUACCGAACGUAGAUCUGUCGGUCGGCCACGCAAAAAUGUACGUAAAUCAAAUCAAGUACAAGCAACAUUAAAAGGCUUGUGUAAGACUCGUAAAGUUGGGGAUUCAAGUUUAAUAAAUACUCCGAUGGUUAAACCUAUGUCACAGCAACAGCGAUACUUUGCACAACAGCAUCACUGUUUCUUGCUAAGGAAUUUAGAGAAAGUUAAACGUAUGAAGACGCCAGUAGCUCAGCAAGUAAACACUCAAGCUAAGAGCAAAGAUAAUAAAGUUGUUCCUGCUGCUAAAGAAAAAAUAACUACCGAGUCAAAGUCACAAUCAGAAGCAGCGUUUUUUACUCAGUUAACAGCUUUGACGAAUAAUGCAUCACGGACUGUCAGAACUCGUCGUUUAGCUCAAGCUCAAGAUGAUCCGGAGGUUAAUAAAACUGCUAAGUUAGCUAAAGUAUUAAAAGAUUUGUAUAAUGUUAUCUCUACUGCUAACGAUGAAAAUAGUUUAUUACUUUGUAUGCCAUUUAUUACUCUGCCACCUAAAAGAAAAUUGCCUGACUAUUAUGAGAAAAUUCAAGAUCCGAUAGAUUUAACAAUUAUUGAUCAGGGUAUUAGUACUGGUCAUUAUAAAACAGCAGAACAAUUUGAUCAGGAUAUUAUUAAAUUAUUUGAUAAUAAUGUUAAAUACUUUGGCAGAACUUCUGAAGUAGGUAUCGCAGCGGCUCGCCUACGUAAAAUAUACUUAGGAAGUAAAACAAACUUCAUUGAAGCAAUAACAGAAGCAACAGGGUCACCACCUGCCCAAUGUUUCUUACCACCUCGAGGCUCAACAGCUGGCGAAGAAGACGUUAUCAGAUGUAUUUGUGGCUUACACAGAGAUGAAGGUUUAAUGAUACAAUGUGAACGAUGUUUAGUAUGGCAACACUGCGACUGCGUUAAAGCUGAUACAACUGCUGAAUCUUAUCUAUGUGAACGGUGUCAACCAAGACCUGUUGAUUAUGAAAUACCGCUCGAGGGCGAGGAAGAGGAAAAAGGUAAAAAACACUACGUAACUCUGAUGCGUGGUGAAUUACAAUUAAGGCAGGGUGAUACUGUCUACGUAUUGCGUGAUACACCAGAAAAACACACAUACAAAACUCUUGAAAAGUUUGAUUAUGAACAAAUGGAUAUAUUUAGAAUUGAAAGAUUGUGGAAAAACGAUCAAGGUGAAAGAUUUGUUUUUGGUCAUCAUUAUUUACGACCCCAUGAAACUUACCAUGAGCCAACGAGGAAGUUUUAUGAAAAUGAAGUUGUUUGUGCGCCGCUUUAUGAAGCUGUGCCGUGCGAUUUAGUUGCUGAAAGAUGCUGGGUACUUGAUCCUCACACUUAUUGCAAAGGGAGACCUGUUGGUGCUACUCCGGAACACACUUAUGUUUGUGAAUAUAGAGUUGACAGAGCUGCUAGAUUGUUCACUAAAGUUGCUAGAGCUCGUCAUCAAGUUUGUACUAAACCAUAUGCUUUUGAAACCUUUCCGCAACGUAUUAAACACUACCGUACUUAUUUGCCUCACAGUUUGGAAAGUAUACAAGCAAUAAAAGCGAUGAGAGAAAAGAAAAAGAGCGCAGCACAUAUGGAUAAUGACCAUAAUCAUAAAACGGAGAUUGAUGCUAAAGUAAAUGGUAAAGAACAAUUAAAGUCAGUUGGAAAAAACAGAAAUAAAUCAUGUGAUGAUCAAACUACUACGCGACUUACGGUGUCACCUGCUCAACGAGAAGAACAACGAAAAAGAUUGAAUCGGAUCCUUAAAAAUUUACUCCAACGAAUGCCAAAUAAGAAGGACCCAUUGGACUUGUCAUUUUUAUUAGAACGUAACCGUAGAAAUCGUAAAAGACCAAGUGGAUGUAAACAGUGACAGUGGAUGACACGCACACAUAAGUGUUGCGCUACUCUAUGUGAGUAGUUACUGUACAAAUAAUUUUAGACAAAGAGAAUAACGCCACCGAGACAAAAAUAAAAACAAAAUUGUGAAUAAUUGAAUUAAUUUUUAAUAGAUAAAUAUUAGUUUCAAGUAUUGGCAUUAUUAAUUAUAAUCUUUAUUGAAUUUUUAAUUAUUGAUAACUUUUAUUAGUGAUCUGUUGAUAAAAAUUUUAUUGUAUACUUUUCACAUAAAAAAGCUAUCCCGUCCAAUCAGCUUAAUUAUAGCUUCUGUCAUAUUAUGUAGUUAUUAUUGUCUAUAUUAUAUUGGAGCUAAUGUGUUAAAUAUCAAUUGAUUUAUCAAAAUGAAAAUUAUUUGAAUAAUUGAGCUUAAUCUAUGACCAGUGGAAUACGUGUAUUUUAAAAUAAUUAACAGUAAUAUCAUUUAUAUUAAUAAUAGUCUUCUUCUUCUAGCUCCAAUAUAUUAAUAUUUUACUGUCUUCUUAGGUGAUUAUGUAGUAUUAAGUUACAUAAAUUUUAGAAACCUUAGACUCUACAAUAAGUGUAAAAGAAUGAUAAAUUUUUCGAUUUGAUAAGAUUUAAACCUACACUCUACUAGACAAGGUUCGAAAUUUGUACAGAGAUAUUUGUAAAUUAUUUCCUAUUAUUUGAUAGAAAAAAAAAUGUUGUUAAGUCCAGAUUAUAGUUGAUUAUAUAAAUUGUAAUGGAGAA